UGACGACGCGCAGGUAGAUUCGCCGCUUCCGGUUGCAUCUUGCAACACAAUUCUGCAGUUUCUUUUUCUGUGGCUCUUCUUUACCGCGAAACCUGCGUCAGAGAAUUAAGUCCAUCCCGUUUUACGACGGAAUCAUGAUCCCGUUAAAGAGGAGAAAGGUCGUGCCCUCCGGGGCUGGGAACACCGGGAACACCGGGAGUGAGGAAAGUUCCCCAAACAAGUUCCCUCAGGUGAUUUUGUUUCUGCUGGAGAGGAAAAUGGGAGCCAGUCGAAGAGCUUUCCUCUCUCAGCUCGGUCGAAAGAAAGGAUUACAGGUGGAGGAGAUGUUCAGUGAGAGAGUCACACAUGUGAUUUGCGAGAACAUCUCCGGCGACGAGGUCGUAGCGUGGCUGGAGUCUGGGGUCGGAGGUCGAGGCCGAUCGUCCGCCCACCUGCUGGAUGUCAGCUGGUUCACUGAGAGCAUGCGGGCGGGACGUCCUGUGGAAGUACUGGACCGACACCGACUACAGUGUCUGUUACGGCAGCAGCAGAUGAGAGAAGCGGAGGUUGUGGGGUUUUCUGCACCGAGCUACGCCUGUCAGAGACGAACCACGCUGGACAACCACAACGCCAUCCUCACCGACGCACUGUCGCUGCUGGCUGAAAACGCCGAGCUCAGCGGCGAGGACGGGCGAGGCGUCGCGUUCCGCCGGGCCACCGCCGUGCUGAAGGGUCUCCCCGAGCCGGUGACGGCCGUGACGCAGCUCGUGGGGCUCCCGUGUCUCGGGGGACAUUCGCUCAGAGUCGUCAAAGAGGUCCUGGAGAGCGGAGCGUCGAGCGAGGUCGAAGCCACGAAGCAGUCUGAGCGCUUUAAAGCGCUGAAGGUGUUAACAGCUAUUUUUGGCGUCGGAGUGAAAACAGCAGAGCGGUGGAUGCGAGAGGGGAUUCACGACCUUCAGCAGUUACGGGACUCGGGGCGAACGCUCGAUCGUUCUCAGCGAGCGGGUCUGCAGCACUACGAUGACCUCAACCAGCCCGUCACGAGGCCGGAGGCCGACGCCGUUGCCGCCAUCGUAGAGGAGGCCCUCGCCGCCGUGUUGCCGGGGGCUACGACGACUCUGAUUGGAGGAUUCAGGAGAGGGAAGCUGACGGGCCACGACGUGGACUUCCUGUUAACGCACCCGGAGGAGGGCAGAGAAGUGGGACUGAUGACGAAAGUCGUCUCAUGGUUGGAAACUCAGGGUUUCCUCUUGUACCAGAAAACUACGAGAAACUCUUACCUGGAGGCCGAGGACGGCCCCGCUCGGCCCUCCUCCAACAUGGACCGCUUCGAUAGGUGCUUGUCCAUCUUCAAGUUGCCCGUGGAGGUCAAAGGUGAGGGCCUGAACCCGUGGAGAGCCGUGAGAGUGGACCUGGUGGUUUCUCCCAUCAGCCAGUUUGCUUUCGCUCUACUGGGCUGGACCGGAUCCAAGUUGUUUGAGAGAGAGCUGCGACGCUGGGCGGGCCACGAGAAGGCCAUGUCUCUGAGCAGCCACGCCCUGUACGACAAGACCCAGAGUCGAUAUCUGAGAGCUUCGUCCGAGGAGGAGAUCUUUGCUUAUCUGGGUCUGGAGUACAUUCCUCCGUCGGAGAGAAACGCCUGAACGCACCUGAUGAGGAGCCGGCGGGUAAAAACCUGCCGAAAGAAAGUUUAACGCACCAGAUAAGCAACACAUGCACCAGUUUAUCAACGAAAUGAGACGCAUUCUAAACCUCUGAAGUUAUCGGCUAUUAUUUUAUCUUUUGUUGCAUCAAUGUCAAGUGAAAGGAAAUAUUUAUAUAUUUGUCAGUUAUUAAGACAGAUUGUAGAUAAGAAUUGUACACAGUCAUUGUGAUGGUUUGUGGAUGUUUUGAAGCCUUGAAUUUGACGAUUUCGCCAGCACCUUGUUGGUUUUUCGACAACCAGACAACAGGAAGUGACCAUAUAUGGAGGUACGAACAAACUGGACUUAAUGGUGUCGUUGCCAGUUUAUUAGGUACACUUGGCAGUAACGAGUCUAAAAGGAAUAAAGGUGAACAAACACACUUCUUUUAAAUCACUCCUCAAAAUGUAGAUUGUCAAGUAUUUAUCAGUUUUACUUCACCUGUAAAGACCUCAGGUCUUUUUAUGUUUUAGUUGUUUUUAUCUGUUUGUUAUUUUAUGUAUGUUUUUUAAAAUGUAUUUAUAUUAUAUAUAUAUAUGUGUAUAUAAAUAUAUGUAUGUAUAUAAAUAUAUAUAUGAUCUUGCCACUAUGUCAAUUACACAAGCGCCUGUAUAUUAUACAUCGCAAUUAAAGAUAUCAAAUAUGUA